UUUGUGAAGACUAUUGUCCUUCAGAAUUCAUUUGCAUUAUCUGUGCUCAUGAAAAUGUUCAAAGUCAAGCAAGAUGUAAUAAUAAUGAUGCAUUUAAUGAGAUAUAUUGGGAUGAGGAAAGUAUGAUUGGUGUAUGUACUUUCAAUGGUGACCAUGGAUAUGCAUAUUGA